CUCGCGGUGGUGCCGCCCGCUACCCUUCCGCCGGCUGCCCCUCCUCCCCGCCUGCCGCAAGAUGGCGGCGAGCGCGGCGCGGGCUGGGGGUGGUUGAGGGCGGCAGAUUAGUUCUUUUGGAGAUUAAACACUUGGAGAGGAAAAUGACAUCGAUUAUCAAGUUGACUACGCUCUCAGGGGUGCAGGAGGAAUCUGCCCUCUGCUAUCUUUUGCAAGUAGAUGAGUUUCGUUUUCUUUUGGACUGUGGCUGGGACGAAAACUUUUCUAUGGAUAUUAUUGAUUCUCUGAGGAAGCAUGUACACCAGGUUGAUGCUGUUCUUCUUUCCCACCCUGACCCUCUACAUCUUGGUGCACUUCCAUAUGCAGUUGGAAAAAUGGGAUUGAAUUGUGCCAUUUAUGCAACUAUUCCUGUGUAUAAAAUGGGACAGAUGUUUAUGUAUGAUCUCUACCAGUCCCGCCAUAAUACUGAAGAUUUCACACUCUUUACAUUGGAUGAUGUAGAUGCAGCCUUUGAUAAGAUACAACAGCUGAAGUUUUCUCAGAUUGUGAACUUAAAAGGCAAAGGACAUGGUUUGUCAAUCACACCAUUGCCAGCUGGUCACAUGAUAGGAGGCACAAUUUGGAAGAUUGUCAAGGAUGGGGAGGAAGAAAUUGUUUAUGCCGUUGAUUUCAACCACAAGAGGGAGAUCCAUCUGAAUGGAUGUUCCUUGGAAAUGUUGAGCAGGCCUUCAUUGCUUAUUACAGAUUCAUUUAAUGCUACUUAUGUACAACCCAGGAGGAAGCAAAGGGAUGAACAGCUGCUGACUAAUGUUUUGGAGACAUUACGAGGUGAUGGAAAUGUAUUAAUAGCUGUGGAUACAGCAGGCAGAGUUCUGGAACUUGCUCAGCUUCUUGAUCAGAUCUGGAGAACAAAAGAUGCAGGAUUAGGAGUCUACUCUCUUGCACUUUUGAAUAAUGUCAGCUACAAUGUAGUGGAGUUCUCUAAAUCACAGGUUGAAUGGAUGAGUGACAAGUUGAUGAGGUGCUUUGAAGACAAGAGAAACAACCCUUUUCAGUUCCGCCAUCUCUCCUUAUGUCACAGUCUGUCUGAUCUGGCUCGAGUGCCUAGUCCAAAAGUUGUUCUUGCCAGUCAGCCUGACUUGGAGUGUGGGUUUUCUAGAGAUCUUUUCAUUCAGUGGUGCCAGGAUUCCAAAAACUCCAUAAUUUUAACUUACCGCACUACGCCUGGAACAUUAGCACGAUUCCUGAUUGAUAAUCCUUCUGAAAAAGUUAUAGAUAUUGAGUUGAGAAAACGUGUCAAGUUGGAAGGAAAGGAGCUUGAAGAAUACCUAGAAAAGGAAAAACUAAAGAAAGAGGCAGCUAAGAAGUUAGAGCAGUCUAAAGAGGCAGAUAUUGAUUCCAGUGAUGAGAGUGAUGCUGAAGAGGAUAUUGAUCAGCCAACUUUACAUAAGACCAAACAUGAUUUGAUGAUGAAAGGUGAAGGUAGCCGGAAAGGAAGCUUCUUCAAACAGGCAAAAAAAUCUUAUCCAAUGUUUCCAGCUCCUGAAGAAAGAAUUAAAUGGGAUGAAUAUGGUGAAAUUAUCAAACCUGAGGAUUUUCUAGUUCCAGAGCUUCAAGCAACAGAAGAAGAAAAAAGCAAAUUAGAGUCUGGUUUGACAAAUGGAGAGGAGCCUAUGGAUCAGGAUUUAUCAGAUGUUCCUACCAAAUGUAUUUCUGCAACAGAAUCCAUGGAAAUUAAAGCCAGAGUUACAUACAUUGACUAUGAAGGACGUUCAGAUGGGGACUCAAUUAAAAAAAUUAUUAACCAAAUGAAACCAAGACAACUGGUGAUUGUCCACGGACCACCUGAGGCCAGUCAGGACCUUGCAGAAUGUUGUAGAGCUUUUGGUGGAAAAGACAUUAAAGUUUACAUGCCCAAACUUCAUGAAACUGUAGAUGCUACAAGUGAAACUCACAUUUACCAGGUCAGAUUGAAAGAUUCUCUUGUCAGCUCUCUUCAGUUCUGUAAAGCCAAGGAUGCCGAGUUGGCUUGGAUAGAUGGUGUUCUGGACAUGAGGGUUUCAAAAGUGGAUACUGGAGUUAUUUUGGAAGAGGGAGAGUUGAGGGAAGAUGAAGACUUAGAAAUGCAAGUGGAUGUGCCUUCUUCAGACUCAAGUGUGAUUGCACAACAGAAGGCCAUGAAAAGCCUCUUUGGUGACGAUGACAAGGAGAUGUGUGAGGAGAGCGAGAUCAUUCCUACUUUGGAACCUCUGCCACCUCAUGAGGUUCUUGGACAUCAGUCUGUGUUUAUGAAUGAGCCAAGACUGUCUGACUUCAAGCAGGUUCUCUUGCGAGAAGGUAUACAAGCUGAAUUUGUUGGAGGAGUGCUUGUGUGCAACAACCUGGUGGCUGUCCGCAGGACUGAAACAGGCCGUAUUGGAUUGGAAGGCUGCCUCUGCCAGGACUUCUAUAGGAUAAGAGACCUUUUAUAUGAGCAAUAUGCUAUUGUCUAAGAAAAGUGCUGCAAAAGUGUUUUCACUUGAACUUUUACAGACAAUGGAGGUUUCUCCCAGUUCUGACUUUUUGUAGUUUUCUAAUUUAUACAGGGAAACCUAAUUCAUAAAGAACAGUUAGCUGCCAUGAACAUGUGAGUAACUGCUACUGUUGUUCAUAAAUCUGUUGGUACAUUCCAUGUAGUUGACUCUUAAACUGUUACAACUUGGCAUCUCCCACAUAACACAUUAUAAAUGAGUUUAUGACUAUGAAUGCUUCUCAGGAGAGGUUCAAUUUGUCAGGGCAUGUUUUGGUUUCACAGAUUUCCUGUCAAAGAGUAUGAAACAUGUAAAAGUCAUUCUUUUGCUCAAAAAUAAGAUUGGAUAAAGAGCUUUAGUUUCUUUGGUUUUGUUCAUUUUGGUUUCUGUGUGGUUGUUUUUGGUUUUGGUUACUUGGGGUUUUUUUUAGUAAGUUUUAUUUGGGGAGCAGUCUCAAGUAUUUCCCUCUUUUGUUUUUAAAUUGAGGUUAGUUGAAGUACAUUAUUAACAGCCCACUUAAAACUAGACUGCUUAAAGUUUCCCCAGUGUUAAUCUGGCUGCAUCUUAUUGCUGUAUCUGCUCCAUCUUACUGAUUUGUUCUGAAACAGCAUUUCAUAUUCUAAUCUGCAGGAUAAAAAAAUUACUUGGGCAAUCACUCUUAAGAAGAUUGUGUUAUAUUUUCAGGUAGUUUAAAAUGCAGUAAUUAUGCCUCAGAGUAACUUCUGUGCAAAUUUAGAGAAUUCUUAACUCCUAGCUCUUGCAAAAUUAUGCCAAUUAUAAAACCUUUUCUAAGUUCUGAUUUUAAGACUUUUCAAAGUCUAAAGCCUUUAUCCAUGCACUGCUGUUUGUUCAGAGUGCCAUGAGCCAAGUUCAGGAAGAUCUUUUUUCUUGAAAUCUGAGUUCAUGUAAUGUAUUUAAUGAUUUUGUACCAUGUUCUGUUCUAGACAACAGUAAGACUUAUCGUAGCUGCUGAUGCUAGUAAUUUACUUUACCUUUUAGGUAAGGAUAAACACAGUUUUGAGUUCAUUAAUUUCGCAGAAAUUAACUUAUGAAAACAAAUGGCCUCUCAAGUUUAUUUAAUCCUUUUCUCCCCUAUCCAUGUGUGAAACACCAGCUUUGGCAGUGGAGGAUUGUUUGCUUUUUACAUAAAACAAUGUAAUAUAUGCUGUUUGUGUGUAUGCUUAAAUAAAACCUUUUGAAAAAGUGGCAAAAAAUAGCCCUGUGGGCUAUCAAUGGAAAGAUAAUUUACUUUGCAAUUCAUUCUCAACAAAAUUUUUCUGUCUGAUCUACAGACUAUUCUGUUUAAAAUAGUAGCUUAAAAGUGAAGACUGUGUUAAACAUUUGAUAGAACUGUGUACUAGAAAUGUAAAAAACUUGAAAAUACAAUACUGAGUGAGAAUGUAUUUUCUUACACAAAAUCUAGGGAUAACUAGAUAGCUCAGUGUUGUGGGUUUUUUCUUAACAGUCUAGAAAAAUGUGUGUUUCCUUAUAUUGACAUCCAGAACUUCAUAGAAAUGCUCAGGUUUUGUAGUAAUGCUAUGUAAAUCUAUAUAAUGCUGCAUACUUGUUGCUGAAUACUAUUGUAUUACAAUUGUUGUUUAUACUAGUGAAGUUUUAUAAAGUGAGUUACUUUGUACAUAAUCAUAUUGGCCGUAGGACUUUAACCUUGCGGGCUUGGGAUGGGAAAGGAUCACAUACGCCUGCAUGGAAUAUACUAAUAAAGAAGUUAACUUAGAAGUUAAGUUAGAAGUUGACUUAGGAAGUCAAAACAGUGCUGUUUUUAAAAAAAGGAUAAAGACAGCACAGUGUGAUCAUAAACCUUUCUAUUAGUUUUGUUUGUUUUUCUGACCUAUUGAUUCAAAUUCAGCUAAGAUCACAACAUUUUCGUGUUAUCAGUCCAUAAAUUCUAGUGUGUGCUGACAGAGAAUCCCAAAUUAGUGCUAUCACUGAGGAAAAGGCUCAAGUAUAAGCAAAACAGCUUCUUAUUUUAGUCUGUUCAGCAUGAGUGUGGCUGAAGUGUGAAAUCAGACCUAGAAAGCUGACAUGCAAGGUGCAAGUAGUCAGCUGAGUGCUGGGACCGGAGUUCUGGACGUCUGUAGAGAAUGUGUCCCAGGCUGCACUGGUGCUGUGGGGCAGGUGUGCUCCUCAGCUGGGCAUUCAGUGCUUGUGAAGCCGUGUGCACCUGAAGCCAAUGCUCAUUCAUUUUGCCUAUUCUGCUGUCAGUUCUUAACUAUGAUUUGCUUUAGACAGUAAUUGAACUUCUAUGUGUGAUUUUCAGUUACUAGUCUGGUUCUGGUUUUUAUCUGAACAAAAAGAUUGAUUUCUCCUUACCUUCACAAAUGUCAGUACUGCUGUGAUCCGUAAGUUGUGUUUUCAGGCUUCUACAUUUUCUUCAUUAGCAGUAAAAAUGUGACAAGGAGUACAUUUCUUAUUCUGUUCUCUGUUGUUCCUGAGGGUAAGAACAUUAACUUCAAACCUGGUUUCUGUGUUCACCAGUUAAAAGUAUUUCCUUCCUGUGCUCCUGGGUAGUUCAGAUUCCUCGCAUAAGAAGUUAAGAAGUGCCAAGGGUAUGUGGAGACAGAGGAAAGGUCUCUACUAAUAAAAAUAUAAUUCUAGCAUUAGUUAUUUUGCUAUUCCUAUUAUCAAAACAUAACUUUAUCCUGAGUUAAAUAACAUUGUUUGUGACAGUUUAAUUUUUAAUAAUUUUACUUUGACAGUAUGGGCUGGAGGUGAAGUGAAGGUGACAGUCUUCUCCAUUCUUCAACAAUAUUUAGAUGUAACCAGAUCCACUUCUCAAAAUACACUGUUAAUGGAAAGGUAGAAGGCUCAGCAUUCUGUCAGAGUAACAGUCUUGUGAGAGCAUUUGAGAUCUACUUGCUGCUACAACUUGCUUGGAAAUGUAGGGAUUUUCCCCUAUCUCUACUAGUUUUUAAUGGCAGUCAAAUGCUCUUCAUUAGGAAUUAACAAGCAGAGACAUGCUCCCUCCUCACCCUCCAAUCUAAAUAAUUACUAUAGAUGGUUGUACCCUAAAACACUUACUUCGUACAGAAUCAAGAUUUUUUUUUAUAAGGCAUGAUACGCAUUACUAUUUCAGUUAGCAAAGGGGAGUGUAUUGCCUGGGGAAAACACUUAAACUUGGUUCUGGCCAUGACAGGGUUGAUUUUUGCAGCAGCCAGGAGGGGCAUGGCCAGGACCCAGAGGUUAUUCCAUGCCACCUCAGGUCAUUUUCCAAGAAUGGGUAAGGGGUCCCUUCUUGGCAGUGGUAAGGUAUUGUUGGGCUCCCUUUGGGGCAGGGGUGAGCAUUCACAUGGGAAUUGCUCACUUCCCUUGUACACUUCUGUUAUUAAUGUUGCUGCUGUUACUGUUCAUUUUCUUAUUUCAUUGCUGUUUCUGGUAAAUUGGUCUUGUCUCAACCCACAGUCUUCACUUUUUGUGACUUCAGUUUUUCUCUUCAGCCCUGAGAGGGGAAGGGAGGAGUAAACAAGUGCCACAUGGUUUGGAGUGUUUUGGAGGGAACACUAAAUGGGAGAAUACCAUUCUUAAACCAUGAAAACUACUAAAACUUUUUGAGUCUUUGUCAAAAGUAGUCUUACUGUAAGGAUCUGAAUGUUGCAUAGUAUUCUUUUCAAGGCUUUUAGAGAUGUUUUCAUAGUUUUGAAAAGGAAGUGCUGGGGAAGAUGAUCUCACAGUCAAAUCUGAUAAAGAAAUGUAUCUAGUAACUAGAAUUACAGUUCUUGGUCUGAAAACUAUGUAAGUCAUCAAUGGUAGUUCAAAAUGGGAUAAAGAAACUAGAUCAAAAGAAUCUAUAAAAUUGUCUAUUGGCAUUUAUUUUUAAAAAUACUUUAAACAGUAUUAAGUCUUCUCUUGAGACUCAUUUUGAUUGGCUAAGAGAUAUAAUACAAAGAUCAAAAUCUCACAGAAUCAUAGAAUGGUUUGGUUUGGAACGGGCCUUAAAGAUCAUCUGGUUUCAGUGCUCUGCCAUGGGCAGGGACACCUUUCACUAGACCAGGUUGCUCAAAGCCCUGUCCAACCUGGUCUUGAAUACUUCCAGAGAUGAGCCAUCCACAGCUUCUCUAGGCAACUUGUGCCGGUAUGUCACCCCCACUCAUAGUGAAGAAUUUGUUCCUAGUACCUAAUCUAAACCUACUCUCAUUCAGUGUAAAGCCAUUUCCCCUUGUCCUAUCACUACAUGGCCUUAUAAAAAGUCUCUCUUCAGCUCUCCUGUUGGACCUCUUUAAGUACUGGAAGGUGCUCUAAGGCUUCCCCAGAGCUUUCCCUUUUCCAGGCUAGACCACUCCAACUUUCUCAGCCUGCCUUCAUGGGAGAGGUGCUCCAGCCCCCUGAUCAUCUUUGUGGCCAUCCUCUGCAGCUGCUCCAACAGGUCCAGGUCCUUCCUGUGCUCAGGACCCCAGAGCUGGAUGCAGCACUGCAGAUGGGAUCUCGCCAGACUUUACUCUGCUGCCCGCACUGUUUUGCAUGCAGUCCAGGAUGCAAUUGGCUCCCUGGACUGCAGGAGCACAUUGCCAGAUCAUGUCCAUCCUGCACCACCAACAUUUGUUUUGGGAGUCUUGUUGCGUGGCUUGUUUCCUGCAAGUACAGAACAGUUGCAGUUCAGUGGUAAGUGAACUGAGUCUUCCUUUCAGCUCUAACACUUCCUCACAGUGGUAGAAGAGGAAUAUAGUUAGAAGUAUUUGGGAGAUCAAGAUUGUUUCAUACAGUGAACUUCAAGUUUUACUGUCUUUGAUAGGUUAUGUAUUACCACUGUGAUAAGAAGUGAAAAAUCAAAAAAAACAACCCCACUCCUGCAUUUUUUAGUAGAACUUCUAGUAAGCUCUGUAACUGUUUUCCUGGAAGAGAAGGAUCCAUACAAACUCUUAAGGUCAGAAGAAACAAGUCUGCUCUAUGAGCUUUAAGCACUAAAAACCUGCCUGUUGUUUUAUAAUCCUCUUAGGUGAUGCAAGCUGGAUCUGUGAUUCAACAGCUGAAUGAUAACGAGCUAAGCAUCUCCCAAAAAGUCGAGUUUGUAACUGCAAUCUGGCAGUCACCAAUUUUGGUAAUGAACAAAUACAUUACUUCAGUUCUGCAGACUUUUCUUAAAUAUUUUUAAUUUUCAGUGCAGCUUUUUGGAAGUGAUAAAAACUUCUCUAAAAGCUACUUUUGACAAAUGCUUCUAAAGAAAUUUGCAAUGGUGGUCAUUUCAAUUAAAAAAUAAUACAACCCAAACCACAGGCUUUCUGUUGACCUUGGCCCAAGGUUGAUACCAGUUUUUGUAAAACCAACUCUCGAAAAUUACAUGGAAGGCCAAUGGAGGGUGUUCAUCAUGUUGUGUAAUAUUAGCUACCAAUGCCCUUGCUGGUAUUUGAGAUGUAGAAAAUAGAGCAUAACAUUUAAUGUCAAUAACAAUGUCAGAACUUUUGCAAGUAAAUAAAAAUUCCAUCUUCAAAAUGUGGAAGGUUUUUAUUUUUACAUGCAACCAAAAUUGUUUUUUCCUUUGUUUUUGGCUAAUUAGUUUGUGGGAAUAUAUAGGUGUGAAGAAUGAACUCUUAGCAACACAGUUGUUAAGCAACAGCUCUUGAAGUGAUUGAUUUCUCAAGUGGUGGUUUUACUGAUGCCUUCCUAAAGUUGUCACUUAACUCAGUUGGCUUGUCUGCAAGAAGUCUCGUUUAGUUUUCUCACCAGUUCUGAACCAUGUUGUGAUACACAGCACAGUCAUUUACUCAAGUGCUUUACGGCUCUGUAAAUAAGAACAAGAACUCUAAUUUGGAGUGAGGCAGUUUAAAUUGCUGAGUUCUAGCAAAGAAAGGAGACCAUUAAUAACUUAGAGGUUUGAAGAUUACCUUUUAUUGAUGUUUAAGGUUAUAGUUUUAUGUUAAAACCAUUGCAGUUAAUUUAGUCCAGAGAACUGCUUCCUCUCCAGCAGUUUAUAUUUUGUAGAAAGAGCAAAAAUGUGACUCACAGGUAUUAUGCCUUAUUUUCCAGUAUACUUCAUUUUAUAAUAUUUUUUUUCCAUUGUAGUUGCUUCAAACUGUGGGGGUUUUAGUCUUUUAAGUCCAUCUGUAUAAAUUUUAUAGUGUGCUUAUCUCAGCUGUUUCCUAGAAAUAAUCCUGAGGCAGGUAGGUAAUAUGUCUUUAUCAGCGGUAACACUCAAAUUAUGUAGUAAGGUUGUACAAGAGGAUUUUGAAAGAUCCUUGAAAGGAAAAAAUGGGAUACAGUUAGAACUUAAUCAUCACUGAAACUUAAUAGGACAGUCAGCUAUUAAUUUUUAUAUCUGCCUAGGACACAAUGAUGAGAACAGGCAUCUCAGGAAUGGCUUUCUGAUGCCACUGCAGUGAACUGUCAAAUAAAAAAAAAAAAGGUCAGCAAAUAAAAAAAGGUUACCCACAUUUACCUAACUAACCUGUUGCAUAUGCUUCAAUAUAUGAACCUGAAAAUGGUUUCAUGGUGUGGAUUACAUACCAAAAAUUGUGAUAUUGGACAUGAUAACAUUGCUACUCAUUUUGUAAUUUUACUACAUAUCUGGGGUAACAGGUACAGCAUACCUAAGUAAUUAUUUCUGUUAGGGCAAUAUUGUAUCUUUGGUUGUUUUCAGAAAACUUGUUUAACUUUCAUGGAGGAAAAAACCCUGAGCAUGAUCUAAUCAAUACUUCCUAAAUUAUUGGCAGGUGCUCUGCAAGACAUAGUAAUGAACUUCUGUGGAAAAUCAUCAGGGAAUUACUUUUUCUGCCGUGUUGCAGCUCCUGAAGGAGAUGCACAGCUGGUGGAGCAUAUUGCCCGUCACCGUGCCAGACUUGGCAUUUGAAAGGCUGCCAGAUUGCUUUGUGCUGUUGUGCGAGUCAUGGAUCAGCAGUUUGCAACAGUAUGAGGAUAGUAAGCAUUUUAUUCUUUGCCCUUUGUAGGAUCACACACGUUGAUACUUCAUUUAUAAAGAGUCCAGCCUAUUUUCUGAACCUAUCAGGUACUUGGGUUGCAUUACCUGAUUAGGUUGACCUCCAUGCUGCAGGAAUCUAUAGAUAUGUUGUGUUUUUGACAUACUCUAGUAAAAUUUCUCUUAAUAUCAAUGUUUGGAGUCACUCUGCAUAGCCUGCUUUUUGUGUUUUAUGUAAUUUUAUUAUGCUUUAGUAUUUCUUUCAUAAUCUCUCUGAUUUUACUAAUGCACAAUAUUGCAAAAGCAGUAUAAAACUAGUCAACAGACUUUAAAUCAUUCGUGUAUCUUUAAACCUCUUAUGCUGAUUAAAAGUGUUAAGGCUAUUAGUAUUUUUUAUGUAACUGGGUCUAAAUUUAGUUUCUGUUGCAGUCAAAAAACACUCUGAUAUUGCAAGCCAUGAUCCUAAUCUGCUUCCUUUUGGAGUCGAUGGUAACAGUUUUUCAGCACAGCUUUUGUGUUUCUGUGCACUAAUGACUAGAAUAGUUAACACUGUGUUUAUUGUAGAAAUUCAGUGUGACUUUUCAUUUUCUGAUUUCUUUUCCAGGAGUGUCAAAAUACUACUGUUGUUGUGUGGAACAUGAUUUUAUUUACUUCUGGGCUUUUUUUUUUUUUAAUUCUUGAAUUUUUAAAAAGUUAUUUGAGUAAUGCAUAGGUUACUGCUCCAUUGGUUGGAAGGAGAGAACUUAAUUAAGAAGUUCAUAUUUUUGUUAAUAUAAAAUUCUUCUGGUUCUGGUAUGGAGAGGCAAAAAGAAAAAUAAAUGUUGAACUGGACAAAGUUGGAUAGCAUUUAUAUAGUCCAUACCUUCCAAGCUGAACAGCUGUAAAAUGCCUGCAUGACAGUCUCAUCCUAUAAAACUGCACCUAAUGUCCAUUCUGUGUACCCUGGUCUAACUCUUUGAAUAACUUAAUUAUUAUGAAAAAGUAACGAAGUCAUGCUGUCAUAUAUUACUGAUUUUAUUUCCUGCAGUACUGUGCACUGCCUUUGGCCAGCUACAAUGUGUGGUCUUAAUUUCACAUGCACAUGAGUUUUAUGUCAUAGCUGACAAUUUGAUGCAAAAAGCCAUCUUAAAAAAAAAAAAAAAAAAAAGACUACUACUGGUGUGGAGGUAUUAGAACAUCCAGGGAAGGAAAUCAGAGCUCUGUGUUCUAGGAGCCCCAUACAAAGACUGAACAUUUUGAACAUUUGAGUAGUAGCCUUGCUGCUAUUUACAUAUAAAAAUGAGUGCCUUUAUGCUUGUGUAUGGAAAUGGGUAAUUUACAUUAUUUGAACACAAAACUGAAGAUUGUAUUUCUAAUGCCUGUGUGCAUGAUCUCAAAAUCAGCUAGAGGCUGCAUUGUGUGAGCUGUACAUACAAGUCAAUAGUUACAUACCUAAGAGUACAGCAUUUGAGUGCUUCUGGUAAUUUUACUCCCACAUUGGCAGGACUGUUCUGCUGAUUGUUUUCUAAGAAACAACUAGCUUCCAAAUUAUACAGUUAUGUUUUGAUCUGUGAAUGGAAUUUUCCUUUGCUUGUCAGAAUAUAGGCUCUAACAGUGCUGAAGUGCUUCUAAAAUAACUCAUCUAGUCGGGGGCAGUAUGUUUUCGCAAAGUUGAAGACUUCUUUGAUACUGGGAAAGGAUGUAUCUGCCUUGGUAUUCUUGGUUUGGAAAUGCAGUAUGGAUGGAGUGAAGAAAAAACUUUAGGCAGCAUGGAAGGAUGGAGAAAUAACAAAAACUGUGAUGACUUUUCUAGGGAAAUGGUGUUCUGCUUUGCUGGAGAGAGUUACAGAUGUCUUGUCAAUUACUCCCCAUAGAAUUAAGCAUGAGUUUAAGAUUUGGAAAGUUUUAGUGGCUAAUUUUUCAGCUUCUGCAAGCCUGUCACAUCAGAAGAAGAUAAUGGUGUAUGUUUUUUUCCAGGAUGAGAUUAUGUUAGGAUUAUGAACAGCAUCAUAAAGAAUUAAAUUCAUUGACCACACAGCAGAGUCUGCAGGUCUAGGUUUGAUGGCUGCAAGUUGCUUAUGAAGCAAAUUCAAGUUCUCUGCUGGGUGAUUUAUUUGAUUCAUACUUCAGGUUAUGGCUGAGGGCAGGAUUAGAGGCACCAGGUUAUAAAUGGAAUUUUUGUGCCAUCUCAUGGAGAGAAAAGCAGAAAUGAGGCUUAGUAUAGCUGCAUAAGAGCACUAAAGGCAAAUCAUGGGUAUUCUUGGAAACUUCCACCUUAUCAACUGCUACUGGAUUGACACCAACAACAAGAAGUUACAAGACUCUUUAUUUCUUGUUUAUUCAUAAAGUUUUAAUAAAUGCAGUGCUCCACUGGUCAAAGUGUUGGUCUGUGUGGUUUUGAAUACACAGCUUUGUAUAACUUGUUGGAUUAACUGAUGCUUUUUAUUUCAUUAUAUUGAUUAUACCAUUCUGCCACUUAAUUAUUCAUUAGAUAGUUCAAUCAUAUGCAAUGUAAUUGGAUGAAAUCAGACCUAGAGGGAAUUUUUAUAGUUGGGCUGCUCAAUACUGAAAAAUCUUUGUGUUAAAUGACUUUUCAUUAUGACGUUGCUUUUUUAAAAUUCCAUAAGCUUUCUGAAAUAGUGUUUAAACCAGUGCAAUUUCCUAAGCAUGUACUUCUGUAAGCCUUGAUUUCUGAUUGCAAGUGCUCUGCCAUGUCUCCUGUGUAUCGUGGCUCUAGAUGCAGGGAAGAUGCAGGGAAAUCUCUGAAUAGGGUAUUACACUUUGAAAGUCUGCUGCCUACUGAUGUAUGUACAACUGUAAAAUCUCCCUCCUAGCAGUGCCACACACUGCUUAUUGUACAGAACUUUGGCUUCUUUUGUGUGAUUGAUGAACACUGCUGAAAUAUAGCAUUAUUUACAUUAUUUUGAAAAUUGCCAAGUCAGCUGUUUUGUUUUGACUCCAAGGUUUCUUUUUCCGAUUGUCUAGCAAAUUUGUAGCCCUGGAGUUGGUAAGUAGCUUGUGUCUCUAUGCAAGCAGCUGAAAUUUAGCAGCAAGGCACCUCUAAUACCUAGUCUGAUUGGGCAUCUAUCUAUGCUGAUAAAAUUGUAUCCUUUAGGGAAGACACGGGGGACAAAUGGAAGUGAGGAAGACAGGCAGAUUCCUACUUGGCUGUCUAAUUGUAUUCCCAUGGCAAAUACUUAAGAAUUACUUUCUGGAUUGUCAGCUUCAGCCUAUCUGUGAUGUAUGUUUUAAUACUCUGCUUUAGCAUAACUACCUCCUCUGGACUUUUUUUCUCUUAGUUGGAUGGGUAGGAAUGUUCUACUCCAUGAUCUGCUGUGGUGUGUGGAUAGAAGAGCACACUCUUAAACUAACACCAGGUGUAUCAUGUAGGUGAAUAGAAGCUAGAGCUCCCUUGCUGCUUAUGGAAAGUGGAGGAUGUGAUCCAGAACACGAGAAGCGAAGACCUUCCCUUGUUAUCAUCUGGGUUUUUGCACCAUGGCUCCAGGGGUCUCUGUGCAUGUCUUCGCCUUAGGAGUCUCUGUUUAUCCAUGGAUACAGUGAAUGGAUGGUUGUCUGAAAUGCCCUUUGUUUGUGUGUUUUGUUUUUUUUUAAUUAGGGAGCUAAGCUCAAGAGAAGAGUACAUUAAAACAGCAUCUUUGAAUGUCUUACUCCACUUUACAGUUUCAUACAUUCUGGCUCUUUCAGACACCUCAUUUAUUCACUUGGGACACUCAGCAGCUCUGCUUUUUUGGUUUUUUUCCGUGAAGUCUUUUAAGAAACAAACUCAAUGCUUUGUUGUUUCUGCUUUUCUAGUCUUUUCAGCUUGUGCCAGUGGCAGUCCUGAAAUCAAGCCAAAAUUAGGAUGUAGAGUCUCAGUAGCUCAGAAAGCUUGGGGGUUAUCUUGUAACACUUGUGGAGUAUUGACUGUUAAUUGAGAGAGGAGUUGCUGUUCUUUGGGGGUGCAUGGAUGCCUGUAUGAGGCAAGUCUGUCCUUGGUUUGAAUGCUUCAGUCAAUAAAUGGGAUAUUAGAAUAGAAUA